AUGAUUGAUAUCCAAAUAAUCAAAGAAGGAAUAGGAGACACACCUAGAUUAUAUGAGGAAGUUUUCUGUAAAUAUUAUAUAAUUAAACAUAGUCUUUUUUAUUGCUCAUAAUCAUAAAGGAGAAUUACUCACAGGUUCACAACAUACAGCUACUAAAACUAUUAUAGGAAGAGGUUGGCUUAAACCACAGAUUGAGGAAACUCUUACUAAAAUGAAGUAAGGAGAACGAAGUCUUAUCAAAAUUUAUCAUUCACCUGCUACUAAAGUAAUCCUAUUCAAUAUUUUAUAGGAAUUUUAUGAUCAAUAUGAAAUCGAGAUUAUUAGAAUUGGUAGAAAGAAAAAUAAUCCAUGGCAUUUAGAAGGAGAAGAAGUUUAUGAAAGAGCUCUAGAAUUAAAAGGAUUAGGCAAUUCUGAUAUUAAAUAAUAAAAAUAUCUAGAAGCUCAAAAUAAAUAUUUAGAAUCACUUAAUUUAAUUAAAACAGAAUAUUGUGAUAGAGAAUUAGAAUUAUCAGGACAAUUAAGAUCUAAUCUAUCUCUAACACAUCUGAAAAAUAAAUAAUUCGAAUUGUGCAUUAAAUAAGCAACCACAGUCUUACAAGGAUAACCGUAAAAUGUUAAAUUACUUCAUAGAAGAGCUGUAGCUUCAAUUUAAGUAGAUGAUUUUGAUAAUGCUAAGUAAAUUAUAUUAAAAUAUUAAUAUAUUAGAACUGAUUUAAAAUUAGCUAAUCAAUUGGACCCAUAAAAUGAAGAAGUGAUUAAAGAAUUAUAGAGUAUUGGAGAAAAAGAAAAAUAGAUUAAGAAGAAGUAAUAAGAUAGAGCUAAAAAAAUGCUUUUUGGAGAAUGAAAC